AGAAAAAAGUAGCAGGUGGCAAAAGCUUGUCUGGUUAUAGUCUCAGCUGAGUCUUUUAUCUCGGCUUUUCUUAUUUAUGUCCGCCUCUUGAGCUAACCCAAAAGCCAUUUUUCCUUUUGCCGCUCUGCCUCAAAAAGCUCAUAAUUCUUCCUUUCUUAUCCACUUCUCUUCUCAAGUAUAUCCACUUUUUUCUCCUCCAAUAAUGAUCAUUCUUUCAAUCAUAUACGAAUAAAUAAUUAUUCUUUUAUUAUUUAAUUGCUAUAUAUACUACUUAGAAUUCUAUACUUUCUAGUUUGUAGUGCCGUUAUCGAAUUUGCUUUGAAGCUUGUACAUUUUCGUACAAAAGAGAUUGGAUUUUUUACUGUUGGUUGAUGUUUCUUGACCCUUAUAGGCCUUAGCUCAGCCUUUUCUGAUAUCAAUUCAACCCCCAAAUUUAUUUUGCUUUUCUGGGUAAUUCUCGAGUUCCUUAAACCAGCAAAAGCUUUACACUUGAUUUUGUCCCUAGUGUGGACGAUUAGUUUAAAUUUCAUGGCUUUGGGGGCGUAAUGCAUGCAUUUCUCGCUUUAAAAAAUUUAAUUGUUUUUAUUAUGAUGUAUUUUUUAAUACCAACAAAGAAUUCGUGGUUGUAAGCGAGGAGAAAAGAUCUAGGGGGAACAGGUUUUAAGAGCUUGCAAAAGUGAAGUAAAGAUAUAAGAGAAAUGAGUCAACCUAAAAUUAAGCGGCGCGUGGGUAAAUAUGAGAUGGGAAGGACAAUUGGGGAAGGAACAUUUGCUAAAGUGAAGUUUGCAAGAAAUACAGAGACUGGAGAACCUGUGGCACUUAAGAUCCUUGAUAAAGAGAAGGUUCUCAAGCACAAGAUGGCUGAACAGAUCAAGAGGGAAAUAGCAACAAUGAAGUUGAUAAAGCAUCCAAAUGUUGUCCGUUUAUACGAGGUAAUGGGCAGCAAGACAAAGAUAUUUAUUGUUUUGGAGUAUGUCACCGGGGGAGAGCUCUUUGACAAAAUUGUAAACAACGGAAGGAUGAGAGAAGAUGAGGCACGAAGAUAUUUCCACCAGCUCAUUAAUGCUGUUGAUUACUGCCAUAGCAGAGGCGUCUACCAUAGGGAUCUUAAGCCUGAAAAUUUGCUGUUGGAUGCAUAUGGUAACCUCAAAGUUUCUGACUUUGGGUUGAGUGCACUAUCUAAGCAAGUCAGGGAUGAUGGUCUCCUUCACACUACCUGUGGAACACCAAAUUACGUUGCUCCUGAGGUCCUUGAUGAUGGAGGUUAUGAUGGAGCUACUGCGGACCUGUGGUCGUGUGGAGUGAUACUCUUUGUGUUGCUUGCAGGUUACUUGCCUUUCGAUGAUUCUAAUCUUAUGAACCUGUACAAAAAGAUUUCAGCAGCUGAAUUCACUUGCCCCCCUUGGUUAUCUUUUAGUGCAAUGAAAUUGAUAACUCAAAUCCUGGAUCCAAACCCGAUGACUCGCAUUACUAUUCCUGAAAUUUUGAAAGAUGAAUGGUUUAAAAAGGGUUACAAGCCUCCUGUGUUUGAGGAGAAAGACGAUACAAAUUUAGACGAUGUAGAAGCUGUUUUUAAAGAUUAUGAAGAGCACCAUGUAACAGAACAGAGAGAAGAACAACCAACAGCUAUGAACGCUUUCGAGUUAAUUUCUAUGUCAAAAGGGUUAAACCUUGGGAACCUGUUCGAUGCAGAAGAGGGAUUUAAGAGAGAAACAAGGUUUACAUCUAAAUGUCCUGCUAAUGAGAUCAUCCAUAAGAUCGAAGAAGCUGCAAAGCCUCUCGGGUUUGAUGUCCACAAGAAAAACUACAAGAUGAGACUCCAGAAUUUGAAAGCAGGAAGAAAAGGAAACCUUAAUGUCGCCACUGAGAUAUUUCAAGUGGCACCUAGUUUACAUAUGGUUGAGGUCCGAAAAGCAAAGGGGGACACAUUGGAAUUCAAUACGUUCUACAAAAGCCUUUCGACCUGUCUGGAAGAUGUUGUCUGGAAAACGGAGGAGGACAUGAAAGAAGUGCACGUUUGAGUUGACCCAUGUUUCCAAGUUGAAUGAAAAUUGUGGAUGGUUUUGUUGUUGUUUGUUGAAUGUUGAAUGUCGUUGUUUUUGGCCCAAUAUUUCUUCAUUCUUUUCUAGGAUUAAACAGCCAUGGUGGUUCCAGUUGUUUUCCAUGUUAUUAGUUGUUGGAAAGCAUGGAUAAUUCCCAUGGAAUGCGGUGGUUGUAUUUACCCUUUAAAAUGUUAAUGAUGAUUAAAUGUUUCAUGA